AUGUCUAUUGAAAGAACAGUAUUUUGUUUGAAUAUGGUUGUCAAAUAUUUAAAUGGAUGGCAUCAAGGUUCUGGUACACCAAGUACUCAGACUGACCCAUCUAUUUAUAAACAUCGACUUUCAGUCUACUUGAACUCGGCUUGGUUUUUAACCAACAGAUAUUGCAAAUGGAUCAACAAGGCUUUGGUACUUUUUAACCGAUUCGAUAUUCAAACCAAGCACGAACCAACACUCGGAAUGUUUGACGAGUUUAAAAAGUGUCUCGUACAUAUCGGCGAAGCUUUUCAAGCGGAGCGACGCAAAAUAUAUGAUGUGGUUACAGCUUUACAAGACGAUCCAGUUGCACUACAAACCUCGAUUCAGUUGGUUAUGAAUGCAAUGGAUGAAACUCGACAUGCACAGCAUAUUCUAAAAGACUCACUUUUGGCAUUAGCUGUAAGCUAUUUUAAACAUGACUUGCACAGUGAGUCACUAAUUCAGUGGCUAUAUGAUGUGUGGUUCUAUGCUCAUUACAAAAUAACGGAUAUGGCGACAGAAUUGCAAAAUCAAUAA